AUGUGCGCCGCCAUGCUUAAUGUCAUCGUCGUCGGCGCCGGAAUCGCCGGCCUUUCUGCCGCCAUCUCUCUCCGCAGAGCGGGCCACAGUGUUCACGUGUAUGAACGGUCUUCCUUCAACAACGAAAUCGGGGCGGCCAUUAAUAUUCCUCCAAACGCCACCCGCUUCCUGACGGCGUGGGGACUCGACCCAUCGCGGUGGCGCUUUGUUCCGGCGCGCCGCAUCACCUUCAUCGACCCAGUCACCCUCAAAGCUACGGUUAACAUGCCGGCUGACACAAUGGCCAUGACGGUCGGCGGCGCGGCUCUCUACUAUGCUCACCGAGUCGAUCUUCACAACGCACUCAAAUGGUUGGCUGUGCGGGAAGACGGGCCCGGCUCGCCAGUUACGAUCCAUCUGGGGUCCCAGGUGGUUGGCUAUGAUCCGUCCCAGCCAUCCAUCUUCCUUGAAGGAGGCAAAGAAGUUUGCGGCGACAUCGUUGUCGGUGCAGACGGUGUCCAUUCGUGUGCUGCCGAGACCGUCAUGGGCCACGAGAACCAGCCUGUAGCGCCAGUACACUCCAAUUACUGCUAUCGCUUCCUCAUUCCCGCUGCUACGCUCGACGAGGAUCCAGGAACACGGUUUUGGAACGAGCAACGAGACGGCUGGACUCGCUUAUUUGUACACAAUGACACCAAACGGAGGAUGGUCGUCUAUCCAUGCCGAGACAACACCAUCCAUAACUUCGUCGGGUUAUUCUUUGACGAAGACAUGGAGUCGGACACUCGAGAGGAUUGGCAGGAGGGCGUCGACAUCUCUGAAGUUCUCGCAAGGUUCUCCGACUUUAACCCCAGGCUUCUCAAAGUCAUGAGCAAGGCAACCCACGCGAAGCAAUGGCCACUGCUCUACCGCCAUCCCCUGUCCACUUGGCGCAAGGGCCGCUUGGUCCUGGCCGGUGACUCGGCCCAUCCUAUGCUUCCUCACCAGGCACAGGGCGGAGCCCAGGGCCUCAAAGAUGGACUCGCGCUGGGCGUCACGCUUCACGGCGCGUCCAGCCCGGAGGAGAUUGAAAAGCGGCUCGAAAUCUACGAGCGCAUCGAGCUUCUCGGCGACGAACUGCGCCAGUACCUGAGGGGGGACGAAAUACCUACAAAUCCAGCGGAUAUCUACAAGUACAACUUUGGCUUCGACGUCGUCAGGGCCGCACUCGCUGCGAUGGAGGAGUAUGACCCAAAGUUUCGACUACCCCCGGACUUUUUUGAGAGUGAGGUGCCCGGCAUUCCGACUUAG